GGAGAAAAGCAGGAACCAUUCUUGGCAAUGUCCGUCCUUCAAAGUUGCUUAUUAUCAAGCACGGUGAGAAUUGACCCAUUUUUCUCAAACGCCAUCCGCUGACCAAUGAGGUGGCGUGCGGCGGGCGACCAUUUUACUUUCGCUACGGUCGCACGAAGCGCCGCUUUGAGAAACUCUGGCUCGGAUUCGAGACCGUCGUGCAGUUUCGAGGCGAACUGGGUACAAGCGAGUUGUGUGCUCCACCGCACGUCCGUCGAAGAUUUUCUGUUAAAGCGCAUCUCGCAUCUCGCUGCAGCGCUAACUCGUACUCGAUUCAAUUAAACGGGCAGACCAUCGGCACGAUGGUCCUGGCGGAGAGAAAUGCGGAAAAUGUACGAAACGGUCGCAGAUCCCGAGGCCCCAGCCCCAACGCACAGACGGAAUCCUCCAGUGAGGAGGAUGGAGUUCCGGCAGAGAAAAUAAGAGUUGGACGAGAUUAUCAAGUAGUUGUUCCUGAAUUUGUUCCUGUUAAUGAACGUCGAUUGGAUCAAUGUCCUGAUAGAGCAUUAUUAGUUUGGUCACCAACCACAGAUAUACCAGAUCAGAAACUUGAUGAAUAUAUUAUAUUAGCUAAAGAGAAAUAUGGUUAUAAUGGAGAACAGGCAUUAGGAAUGCUAUUUUGGCACAAGCAUAAUUUAGAACGCGCAGUUCUGGAUCUAGCAAAUUUUACACCAUUUCCUGAUGAAUGGACAGUUGAAGAUAAAGUAUUAUUUGAGCAAGCGUUCCAAUUUCAUGGCAAGAGUUUUCAUCGCAUUCGGCAAAUGUUACCUGACAAAUCUAUUGCAAGUCUUGUCAAGUAUUAUUAUGGCUGGAAAAAAACACGAAGUAGGACAUCGUUGAUGGAUAGACAAGCACGUAAAUUGACGAGCGGCUGCAAGGAAGGCGAGAAUGGCAGCGAAAACGGAAGCGAGCUCGGUUCCAACACAGAUAGCGAAUCUGAAGAAAAAAAAUGGACGAUCCACCGCGGAAUACGUCGUGGAAAGAAUCAACCUGUGCCAGGAAGCCAAGGCACUGACGCUAAGGCCCCAUCCGACUCGGAAAACGCCCCUCAGGUUCAGGGCUCGUGUAGCAACUGUGGCGUUGCAUGCCAUAGUGUUCGUGCGACGCCCAAAGGACACGCGUGUCAUAGCUGCUAUCUACAUUGGAGGCGCACCGGUGUAGCAAGACCGUUAACUUCCAUGCCGGGUCGUACGAAUAAAAGAAAGCCACCUCGGGGCUUGGUCGUGAAUCACGAUGAUUUGGCGGCUUUGGCUGGUCAACCAAACCAGGCCAACAACAGUUUGCAAGCGAUCGACACUGAGAUCGUUAGCCUAAAACGUCAAAUACAAGCCAAUAAACAACAAGUGAGCGCACUGAAGCGAAAGACUACUGACGGUAUCGAUCAUCUACGACCACCGGAGGUGUCGAGCCGUAUAAAUGCUCGUUGGACAAACGAUGAAUUAUUAUUGGCCGUUCAAGGUAUUAGAAAAUACGGAAAGGAUUUCGCCGCGAUCGCUGAAGUUAUUGGAACUAAAACUGAGGCACAUUUACGAUCAUUUUUUGUUAAUUAUCGACGGAGAUAUAAUUUGGACGCGGUUUUAAAGGAAUUCGAGGCUGAAAACGGUCCCAUAGUGAUCGAGGAUGAAAAAGAGGAAAAGAUGGAUGUUGAUCAAUCAAAUGAUACCGCAGAGUCAUCUCAGAAGGGAAAAACUUCCACUGGGCCUGGACAAGCUACUAAAUAACAAAUGAAUACAAUCCCAAGUACAAAACGAGAAAAAAAUAAUUGCAGAUUCAGCGAUAACAAUCGAUAAUCGAGAAGUACUUGAUCAAAUUUAUUAAUUGA